AUGGCCUCCUGCCCGCACCUCGCCGACCUCUCCCGCCUACAACCCCCGCGCCUCUCCCAGUCCGUCCACCGCGAAGAGUGCACCCAAUGCUUCGACAACCAGGACGACCCGCUCGGGAUAGACGUCUGCCUCGCCUGCUUCAACGGCGGCUGCCUCUCCAGCGCGCGGCACCACGCCCGCACGCACGCGCACAAGACCGGGCACGUCUUCGCGCUCAACGUCAAGCGCAAGCUCAAGCCGUCCGCCAACCGCGUCGAGGACGAGGAGCCACCGUCGAAGAUGACCAAGCUCGCGAUCGUCGAAGAGCGCGAGGAGGACAAGUACGACCGGCUCACGUCCCUCAAGUGCUGGAAAUGCGACCCGGAUAACGGCUUGGAGCUCGGGCCCGACGUCACCGCUCAGGCCAAACCGCUCGUCGACGGCGUACUGUCCGCGAUGUCGUCCGCGCGCCAGUCAGAAGUCAAAGCUUGGGAAGAAGAGAUCCUCCCCUGCGAACACACCCUCACCCUCGAGCAACAAGCAACCGGUCCCAUCGAAGCUUCUGGCCUCGCGCAUUGCUCCCAAUGCGACCUGAAAGAAAACCUCUGGCUCUGCCUCACCUGCGGCUCCCUCGGCUGCGGCCGACAACAGUUCGGCGGCAUCGGCGGGCACGGGCACGGCCUCCGCCACUACGAGCAGACCCGGCACCCCGUCUCCGUCAAGCUCGGGACGAUCACGCCCGAAGGCGGCGCCGAUAUAUACUGCUACGCGUGCGACGACGCGAAGCAGGACCCGUCCCUCGCCGCGCACCUCGCCUCGUUCGGGAUCAACGUCGCGGCGCAGACGAAGACGGAAAAGAGCAUGACCGAGCUCCAAAUCGAGCACAACCUCAAAUACGACUUUUCGCUCACGGACGAAUCGGGCAAGGCGCUCGAGCCCGUGUUCGGCCCCGGCCUCACCGGUCUAUCCAACCUCGGCAACAGCUGCUACAUGGCCUCCGUCCUUCAAACCGUCUUCGCCCUGCCCGCCUUCCGCGAGUUCUAUUACCCGACGACGGGUGCGGGAUCCAAGCCCGAAGACCACUGGCGGGCGUGCACCGCGCCGCUCCCCGCCGACUGCGUCGACUGCCAGAUGAUCAAGCUCGCCGACGGCCUCCUCUCCGGGCGCUACUCGCACGCGCGCCAUUCCCCCUCCCGUACGACGAACCCGCUCGCACACGAGUCGCCGACGCCCGUGUUCCAGGAAGGCGUCCGGCCGAGCACGUUCAAGGCGCUCGUCGGCAAAGGCCACGAAGAGUUCGCGACGAUGCGUCAGCAGGACGCCGAGGAGUUCUUCGCGCACCUCCUCACCGUCCUCCGCCGCCAUUUCCACUCCAGAGGUUUACCGAAGGACGCGGCGCCGACGGAGGUGUUCGCGUUUGGGAUCGAGCAGCGGCUGCAGUGCGCCGAGUGCCGCCGCGUUCGGUACCGCGUCGACGCCGCCGACGCCGCGAGCGUGCCCGUGCCCGCGCGCGAGAAGGGGAAGGACGACGAGGGCCGGACGCUGUACGAGGAGGUGAGACUCGAGGAGUGCCUCGAGAUCUUGAUGGGCAGCGAGGCGCUCGAGUACGCGUGCCCCGCGUGCGCGAAGAGCGUGAUCGCCACCAAGCAGAGCCGGUUCGCGACGUUCCCGGAGGUGCUCGUGGUCCACGCGCGCAAGUUCCAGCUGGUGAACUGGGUGCCGUCCAAGCUCGAUAUCCCUGUCAUCUUGCCUCCGAACGAUGAACUGUCCUUGGACGCGUAUCUGGGAUGCGGACUCCAACCUGGCGAAGAAGCCCUACCUGAAGAUACCGCGGCCGCUCCUGGCCUGCCGCAGUUCAACGAAGCCGCGAUGGCCCAGCUCGAGGCAAUGGGCUUCCCCACGAUCCGGUGCCAAAAGGCGCUCCUCGCGACGGGCAACUCGGACCCGGAGGCGGCCAUGGAGUGGCUCUUCGCGCACAUGGAGGAUCCAGAUAUCGACGCGCCCAUCCAAACCUCCGCUGCGCCGUCGGGCCCGGAACCGUCGGCCGAGCAGGUGUCGAUGCUCGCCGACAUGGGCUUCACGGCCUCGCAAGCGCGCAAAGCUCUCCGCGAAACGGGCGGGAACCCCGAACGCGCGGUCGAAUGGCUCUUCUCGCACCCGGACGACACCGGCGACGACGGCCCCGCCCCCGCUACGGCGUCGUCCGCCCCCGCUCAGCCGGCCGUCGGGGGCACCUCCGUCCUGCCCGCGCGCUACCGGCUCAAGGCCUUCAUCUCGCACAAGGGCCCGAGCGUGCACUCGGGUCACUACGUCGCACACAUCCUCACGGAGCAGGCCGGCUGGGUCCUCUUCAACGACGAGAAGGUGGUCAAGGCCGACGAGGAGAGCGUGCGCGAGCUCAAGAAGCUGGCGUAUCUGUACGUGUUCGAGAAGAUCUGA